ACAGGAGAGGGGCGAUGGGGAGGAGGAGGCGUGGCGGGAGGACGAGAGUGGGUCCUUCGACUGGUGACACAGGGUGGUCAGCUGCAAUGACCUUGUGUCUGUAGCUGCAGAAGGUCCGCGCUGCGCAGCGGCGGGAAAAAACCUGGAAGCCUUCUCGGCUGCAAGGAUACGAACGUUUUUUGGCCAUAAAGCGAAAGAAGAAAUCGGAAGUGACGUCGCGGUCCAGACAAGCCGGAGCCCUGAGGCCCCUGGUCAGUCUGCGGCCACAGAUGGAAAGGCCCGACUCGCUGUCGGCUGUCGAAGGUAGUCGCGAGGCCCUGCUCUCCCACCCGGGCGGCGCCCGGCCCCUGUCCCCGGAACCCGCCCGCCUCGGGUGAGCCAGAGUUUCUGCCUACCGUGUCUGAGCCGCGCUGGGACCUUUCGGGAAGAGCUGGAGGCUGGCCACAGAGCAGCAGACUUCUCUGCCUACUGUCUCCCCUCCAGCGGGCUUCUGUCCUGGGACGCUGGGACACCUGUUGCCUAUUUUUUAUUAUCUAAAUCCCAAAAAUACACUGGAUACCUCUUUUACAAAACCAAGAGGAAAUCAUGAAGAAAUGUUUUAAUUAUUGAAACUACACUUGAAGUCAUGGCUACAUCAGCCAAUCUGGAUAUCGGAGCCCAGCUGAUUGUGGAGGAGUGUCCCAGCAGUUACAGUCUAGCUGGUGUGCCGGACAUUAAAGUAGAGCACCAGCUGAGCUCGAAUGCAGAAGAAGGAUCAGCCCAAGGCGUUACCAUGGGAAUGAAAUUCAUAUUGCCUAACCGAUUUGAUAUGAAUGUGUGUUCUCGAUUUGUGAAGUCCUUGAAUGAAGAGGAUAGUAAAAAUAUUCAAGAUCAAGUUAACUCUGACCUGGAGGUGGCAUCUGUCUUAUUUAAAGCUGAAUGCAACAUCCAUACAUCUGCUUCUCCCGGAAUUCAAGUAAGGCAUGUCUACACUCCCUCUACAACAAAGCACUUCUCACCCAUAAAGCAGUCAACUACUUUAACUAACAAACACAGAGGGAAUGAGGUCUCUACCACACCUCUGUUAGCAAAUUCUUUAUCUGUUCACCAGUUGGCUGCACAGGGUGAGAUGCUCUACCUGGCUAGUCGUAUUGAACAAGAAAAUGUUAUCAAUCACACAGACGAAGAAGGAUUUACGCCUCUAAUGUGGGCUGCAGCACAUGGGCAAAUAGCUGUGGUAGAGUUUCUACUUCAGAAUGGUGCUGAUCCCCAGCUUUUAGGAAAAGGUCGAGAAAGUGCACUGUCAUUGGCCUGUAGUAAAGGCUACACAGAUAUUGUCAAAAUGCUGCUUGAUUGUGGAGUUGAUGUAAAUGAAUAUGAUUGGAAUGGAGGGACACCUUUGCUUUAUGCUGUCCAUGGAAAUCAUGUGAGAUGUGUGAAAAUGCUGUUAGAAAAUGGAGCUGACCCAACGAUUGAAACUGACUCUGGAUAUAAUUCUAUGGAUUUAGCUGUAGCUUUGGGCUAUAGAAGCGUUCAACAGGUCAUUGAGUCACAUUUACUGAAGCUGCUUCAAAAUAUCAAGGAGUAGAGAUAGUCAUCAGAAACUGUUGUGUGCCCUCCAUUUACUUUUUGGCCAUUACAAAUGAUAGAUUUGUUUACUUAUAAAUUUUUACCUCAGUUGCAAUAUUUACUGAUUUUUAGUAAGUUUUAAUAAAUAUUCCUUUAAGUAAUUUACUGGUUUAUAAUAAAAAUGAUGCUCUUUUUAAAAUGUGUUUUGCUGCAUAUUUAAAAUUAUAAAUUAAUGUUUUGAGGCAUGUAAAUUUUUAUGGUACAGAUAGUUAUCUGUCUUUAUAUCAAGUGCUGUAAUUUAACAUUUUCAAAAUUAUUCUACCCUGUUCAUUUUCACUCUUGUAUUAACCCAUUGAUUUUAUAUAGAGUUUGCUAUAAAUCCAUAGGAAAAAAAAUUGUUAUUGUUGAAUCUUAAAAAUGCACAGUGUGAUUGUUUACAAAAUUAUGUUAAUAAAUAAAUAAAGUACUUUUUCUGUUAGUUUGCAUACUGA